UGUGUGAGUGUGUGUAUGUGUUUGGGAAAGAGAGAGGAGGGGCGAGAGGAGGACGAGAGCAAGGAACGGUGAGAAUUCAUGCUGUGUUAGCAUCCCCUCAGCAACUCCAUCAAUACUGCAUACAGCUGAGAAACUGGCAAAGGUCCUCCGUACUGCAUUUGCAGGCUCGGCCAGGAGAAGAGAGCAACUCCCACGACUGGUCUGUUCAAUCUGCUGCUGGAGGGGCGCUCUGUGAGGGGCAGAGCACGCACACACACACACACACACACACACACACACACGCACACACACAUACACACACACUCACACACUCACUAGAGCCUCUGCUGCAUCGAGAGGCAGAAGAGUGGAGGAGGGUACGGAGGGACGCAUUGACUGGGAAUACUCCAGUGGACAGAGCCAAUCCCGGAGAGGGACAGGAUUUUUUGGAGACUCGUGCUAAUAUGCUACCGUGCUCUGCAGGGGAAGCUGAGCACCAGGGAGUUUGACAGGAUCUCAGUGCACCUGCUCCAUGCACACUGAUUAUGUGGAGGAGCUGACGUGUGCGAUGGCCAGCUUGGACCUGCAGGUUCUCAUACACACAGUACUGUGUUAUCGUUACCUCCCGACCAAGCAGCCCAGCCCGAGGAUCUGACCGCACCUCCCCUCCCUCUCCCCCCUCCCUCCCUCUCCCUGGGUGUCCCUCAAUCCUGGGCCCACCAUGGGAGGAUGCUUCUCCAAACCCAAACCAGUUGAAGUUAAAGUGGAACUCUCUCUCCUGGAAAAAGAAAAAGAGGUGGACAGGCUGUCACCUAAUGGCAAAGCGAGUCCCUUUGCUGACUGCAGACCGAACGGGGCUCUGGGACACGGCUCUGAUGACGACUCCACCCCGCUGCCACUCUACCACAAACCACGGGACUAUGUGGAGGCCUCCGUCUGUCAUGUUAAAGAUCUGGAAAAUGGACAGAUGCGAGAGGUGGACUUGGGAAGUGGCAGAGCUUUGUUGAUCAAAGAACAUGGGGAGUUCUCCGCCAUGGCCCACAAGUGUCCACACUACGGAGCACCGCUGGUCAAAGGUGUGUUGUCAAAAGGACACGUGCGCUGUCCGUGGCACGGUGCGUGCUUCAACAUUGCAACAGGAGACCUGGAGGAUUUCCCUGGGCUGGACAGCCUGCCUACCUUCCAGGUCAGAGUUGAAAAGGACAAGGUGAUCAUUCGUGCAAACAAGCAGGCUCUUCAGUCACAGAAAAGGUCAAAGCCGAUGGCCCGAUGCUCAGCAGUCAUUAACUCCAGCACGGGCUUUAGCCAUGUUCUCAUCAUUGGCUCAGGUCCAGCAGGUUUGGUGUGUGCAGAGACACUGAGGCAAGAGGGCUUCACCGACCGCAUCGUCAUGUGCACCAUGGACAGACAUCCUCCAUAUGACAGGCCAAAACUGAGUAAGUCCUUAGACAGCACAGCAGAGCAGCUGAGACUGCGCUCCAUGGAGUUCCUACAGGAUCAUGACAUCGAGCUGCUCACAGAGAAAGAGGCUGUGGCGGUGGAUGUGAAAACACGAUCUGUGACGUUUGAAGACGGCUUGAGGAUGGAGUACAGGAAACUCUUUAUUGCUACAGGAAGCAAACCCAAACCAAUGAUCUACAAAGGCAAGGACGUCAGGAACGUGUUUCACCUCAGGACGCCCGAGGAUGCCAACAGCAUAGCGAGGCUAGCCAACAACAAGAACGCUGUGAUUGUGGGAACAUCAUUCGUUGGUAUGGAGGUGGCUGCAGCUCUAACAGACAAGGCUCACUCAGUGUCUGUCAUCGGGAUCGAGUCAGUCCCCUUUAAAACAGCUCUCGGGGAGAAAGUAGGGAAAGCCAUGAUGAAGCUGUUCGAGGUAAACAGGGUGAAGUUCUACAUGCUGAACGAGGUGUCAGAGAUGAUUGGCCAUCAUGGACAGCUGAAAGAGGUGGUACUGAAGAGUGGGAAAGUCCUGCGGGCAGACGUGUGUGUCAUCGGAGCAGGAAGUGUUCCUGCAACAGGCUUCCUGAAACAGAGCGGCAUCCACAUGGACUCUAAGGGCUUCAUCACUGUCAAUAAGAUGAUGCAGACAAAUGCUGACGGGGUCUUUGCUGGAGGAGAUGUGGUGGUGUUUCCUUUCCCACCACGCAACAACAAGAAGGUGAACAUCCCUCACUGGCAAAUGGCUCAUGUACACGGAAGGGUGGCAGCUCUCAGCAUGAUGGGCAGAGCCACUGAGAUCAAAACUGUGCCUUACUUCUGGUCAGCAAUGUUUGGGAAGACCAUACGCUAUGCAGGUUAUGGUGAUGGAUUUGAUGAUGUCAUUAUACAAGGAGAUCUGGAUGAACUGAGGUUUGUGGCGUUUUACACCAGGAGUGAGGAGGUGGUUGCUGUUGCCAGCAUGAACUAUGAUCCCAUUGUAUCCCGAGUGGCAGAGGUCUUAGGGUCCGGAAAGACGAUUAAGAAACGAGAUGUGGAGACUGGAGAUAUUUCUUGGUUGAUUGACAAAGGCUCUCAAUGACUUCCCAUCUGAUGGACAGACCCAAAGUCCACUGGACACCUCAAUAUGGACACUUAUGGUGCUGAGACACUGAGCAGCUAUCCUGGUCUGGACACACACUGAUAGACACACACACACUGGGGACAGGACUGUGGCUGUUGGAGACACACCUACCCGAGGACGACACUGAAACUUGCUUCUGUUCACGAGAGACACUUUAACGUGACAAAGCGUCACAAACAAAGCAAUAUUGGAUUCAGCCUCUGUGCUGCUGCAAGAUGUAUCUACCUGUACACUUUGUUUAUAAGAAGCCAGGGAUGGGCAUUGGCAUUUUUUUGUACAAAUAACAUUGUAUAUACCUAUAAUCCUGAAUGCACUGUAACUAAAUAAGAAUAUACAAUUUGAACUGAAUUUUUCUAAGUUUUAACAGCUUUGGUUGUAUGCUCACAUACAGGCCUUAGAUCUGCAUGCUAUUAAUUUACUUUAACGGGAGUUAAAAAUAAGCCCCUUAACAGAGAGUUUUCAAUCUAGAUGCAUCAGCAAACAAAGCUUAAAUCUGCUAAAACAAACUGCAGCAGAACCCUGAAUGCAGCUUUAACAGACUCACUAACACAUGCACAGCUUUAAUUCAAAAUAAAUGACAAUUUCUAGGAUUAAAACAUCUUUGUAUUGGUUGCCUUGCUACUGUAGUAGAUUGCACAAAUGAAAUCCAAAUCAUACUUUGAUCUAACACUAGUGCUUGCACAAUAGAUUCAUGUAUUUCCUAAGAAGUAGAUAGCACCCCUUUAGAAAAAUCCCAUAGAAGUUUGAAGGAGGACUUCACCCCCCCUCCCCCCCCCCCCCCCAAAAUGACCAUUUCUAUAUCAAUUACUCACCUGUGUUACAUUGAAUUUGUGAAGAAAACUUUAUCUGAAACAUCAGAACAUCUGUUUACAAACCCUCACACAACCCGUGCAGUAUAAUGCAAGAUUCAUUUAUCCCAUUGUAUGUUCAGUACUUCCCAAACAGACAGCGCUUUUCAAUGGGGAGCCCAAGUAAAACUUAAAUAUGCUCCUUUCAGAACCAGACUCCAUUGACAAAAACAGUAAUUUUACCUCAACGAACACAGGAGCUACUGAUCUACCACUGCCUCCAUCAGUUAGUGUGUUUGUGUUUUUGUGUGUUGAAUCUGAACUAACCCUGUAAAACAGUUAAGUCACACAAUAACACAAACUAACUGAUCGAGGCAGUGGUAGACCAGCAGCUCCUGUGUUCAGUGACAUAAAACUUUAGGUUACUUGCGUAACCCCGGUUCUCAGAGUAGCAUGAGUGAGAUGUCUCACUAUGGGAUACGCCUUCUUGCAUAUUCCUCAGAGGCAUUUAUCUCAUUACGCCAAUCAUGGUGAUUACGACGUCAGUGUCAGGUGGAAAUUUCGAGUAUCACAAACUGUUUGAGGCAGUGGUAGAGCAGCAGCACCCACGUUCAGCGAGGUUUAAUCACUGUUUUUGUCAAUGGAGUCUGGCUUUGAAGAAAGCAUAAAUACGUUUUACUUUUGUCAGAAAGAGCUGUCUGUUUGGGAAGUCCUGAGCAUACAACUGGGUAAAUGAGACUAGGAAUAUACUGCACAGGUUGUGUACGAGUUUGUAAACAGAUGUAUUGAUAUAGUUUUGUUGUUGUCAAACACUGCAACCCUUUAACUUCAAUUCAUCAUUAAUUUUUUUUUGGAUUCUUUGUUUACUGUGGGGGCAUGUAAGACAAAGUUUUCUUUAUGAAUUCAACGUAACACAGGUUGAGUAAUGGAUAUGCAAAUAGUCAUUUAGGGGGUGAAGUAUUUCUUUUAAGGGUUUUUUUUUUUGUUUGUUUUGUAGCGAUCACCUCCAUUGGGAUAUUCUUUGUUACUAACUCAGGGAACUGAGGUUUGUCGUCUGGGCUCACAGGCAAAAUAAGCAGAAAUGAAUUUGUUGCUUUAAUAUUUUUUUCCCAGUUAUUUUAAUUUCAACAGUUCUCUCAUGUUCAUUCAGAACUGCUUGUAAUGGGUAUAAAGCGGAUGCUUGAUUACAUCCUGGUGUGCUGAUGUAAUCAUGGCACAAAAGUCAACUCAGCAUUUUAAAAAGCAUCGUUCUUCCUACAGAGAAGCCUGGAACGACA